CUUUACAACUGCAGACUGGUUUGGCGUGUUUACUCGCGGCGCGCUCCUUAUAAUCCUUUGCGCCCGAUUUCAACAGUUCAUUAAUGUGUCCGAACGUCACACCUGUUGCCACCCAAUUUCUUUGCCGUCCUAAUUUUGAGCUACGUUACUUUCAAGAAACGAAGGGAAAAAAAUAUUUUUCAACUAUUUAGUAAACUUUAUGAUAUUUUUACAAUUUUUCUUUCAAAGAGUGCAGUCUUUAAGUUUAUGUAAUUUUUAUUUGGCUUUAAAAAGGAAUUUUUUCUAGGGGGAAAAAUAUUUAAGAGAGAAAAAACUGUAGAAUGUGGUUCGUUAAAUAAUUACGGAUCGUCUGCGUGUGUGUUACCGCGUAAUUCUGAAAUAACGGAUUUUUCAUGGAGGAAGUAGAAGGACCUAACGUGGUGAUGAUGGGCAACGGUGUGGAGCCCCCAGAUUUCGAAGUGACCCUCCUUGAACCUAGACCUUUUAGACCCUUCAAAAGUUCUGAGGAAUAUCUAUAUGCCAUGAAGGAAGAUUUGGCCGAAUGGCUGAACGGAUUGUAUGAAGGUCUAGAUCUGGACGCCGACAACUUCCUUGAGCAGAUGGAAACCGGCGUUAUCUUGUGUCAGCAUGCAAAUAAUGUGGUGCGAAAAGCUAGAGAAUAUUACAGGAGUGGCAAUGCAAUUCACGGGGAUGUACCGAUCCCAGAUCGCGAUGUGGUAUAUCGCUACGACGUUUUGCCGGAAACUUUCCAUGCGAGGGACAAUGUGAGCAAUUUCAUUAGCUGGUGCCGUUCUCUCAACAUCAAAGAAUGCUUGUUAUUCGAAACAGACGACUUAGUGCUUCGCAAGAACGAGCGUAGUUUCAUUUUAUGUCUUUUGGAAGUAGCCAGGAGAGGAGUGAAAUUCGGUAUGCCUGCACCCCUUUUAGUGCAACUGGAGCAAGAAAUCGAUGCUGAGAUUGCAAAUGACGACGAUGGCUACGAGACACUCUAUACCAGACAGCCCCAAGUUGUUACCAAUGAUCUUAGAAGCCUUCACGAAAGAGUGGUGGAACUACUGAGUCGAUGCACAUGCCCGUCUCAGUUUCCUAUGAUACGUGUAGCGGAUGGAAAAUACAGAAUUGGAGAUACCAAGGUUCUCAUAUUCGUUAGGAUUCUGCGGAGCCACGUGAUGGUAAGAGUUGGAGGUGGAUGGGAUACCCUUGAGCAUUACCUGGAUAAACACGACCCCUGCAGAUGCAGAUCAGGGCACAGGCUAGCAACAUCGGCAAAGCUCACCAUGCUUCAAGGAAAGAGCUCAAUUCCCAGCAUGCAUGUUACUUACAACAGACCACCUCAAGCUCCCUCCAGUACUCCGUCGUCUCCUCAAGGUCCUCGUCGUUCUCUUGCCUAUACAUCACCCACGACAAGCCGUCGUUGUCAUCAUCCUUCUUCCUCUCCUCCAUCGUCCCUGCGUUCCUUGCCACCACCUCCCUGCAGUGACGAUUCUUCCACUUCCAGUCUUCAAGACACUUUAGAAAGGAAAUCUCCCAAGAAAUCCAUUCGCCGUGUUUCCAAGAAUGGGGCCUCUUCGUCUGAUGAAGAAGAUGACGCGUCAGACGAUGAAAGUUACAAAAGAGCCCCCAGGAGGCGAGAGCCGAGGAGAGAGCUCAUACUCAAAGACACAGUCCCAUCUUCAUGGAGGUAUUCACCAGGAAUACCUAAGAAAGAGUAUCAGCAACCUGUUGCCUUCGGAAGUAGUCAACAACGAAAAAUCGGGGAUAGUCCUUGCAAUAGUCGCUUGCCAGCGUUGACACCACGGUCGGAAAUUAAACAGCCUCCAAAACAGGUAGGAAAAGUAUCCCCUCGCCCUCAUUAUCAGCAGGACUGGAAUGAUGUGCGAUCCCAAAGCUCAGAAGAAUUAUUUCAGACUCCGUCUUCGGGUCCGGUGCAACCGAAAAGUUUAGUUUUUCACUCUAGGGGACCAUCACCUGUUAAUGUUAAGGGUAGGAAUAUGGUUGAAAAGUACCAAAUUGAUGCAAGCUUCCGUAGAAAUGAUCCAAAGCGCCAUUCGUCUCCUCGAAUCAACCAGAGGACGGAUCCUAAGCUUAGACUGUCGCCUCCAAAACCCCCUAUUAGAAGAGUGUCAACUUCAAAUAACAUCCAAAAUAUCCAAAAUGGUUCAUCCUCGAGACGAAUGUUCUGGUCUCCUGAAAGACAAACCCAACCGAAAAUCGCAGUGACUCGUAAAAACUCAGCUCCGUCACCGGAAAAAAUUUCACCAGUCUUGGAGAAACUGCUGCAACAUAGUGAUUUGUGCUCGGAUAAGAACUUCGUUAUGAAAAUUGAGCAAUUAAUUGCCGAAUUUCAAGCGAAAACUAAACUGGAUGAAUCUGAUUAUGGACAAAUUCAGUUUUCAUCUCUACCCACUAUAAAAAGUGAAGAAGUAAAACCGGUCUAUUUACAUCCAAGGAGGUCUCCUGUUGAGCACAACGGUGGGAAAUCGCCGUCUAAAAUACCAUUGCCUACGUGGAGCUCUAAAUGCCAUACCUAAGUCACUGUGAAAUUAUCUAUUUUUUAUAGGAAUCACACUUACGCAAUUUUGACUAUACUCUGUCGUUUUCUUGCUGUUAGGAAGAUCCUGAAAAGUGGAAUUUUCUGGAAAUAUAAUCUGGAGUAAUAUAAAAAAUACUGAAUAUAUUAUUAAACGCUUAUUUUAUACGUUUAAGAAAUAAUGGACAUUUUCUCAGUUUUUAUAUGGGACCAAAAUAAUUGUUUCUCAUAGAGGAAAAUAAAAUGUACCGGCUAUUUUUCCGUUUAUAAGUUAAGUCUAUGCAUCCUCAUUAGCCAAUCAGUAUGACUCAGUUUGCUUCAGAAUAAUUUUUCAUUAAUUUUGUACUCCAAAGUAUUUUAAACGUGCUUGCUUCCCUUGCUUUUGAUGAAUGACCCAAAAAUAAAUUUUAAAAAAUAGCGCAUAAAAUUGAAAAAUGGAUAUUUAUUGCUACAACAUUGCUCAAAUCGCAUAGUAUUCGAUUUAGAGUUAAUGAAUAAGUAAUCUUUUAUUAUAUCAUAUAUUAAUUUUUGAGUGACUCCCAUACAAUAUUUUGCUGUUAAUAAUAACUACUUUUUCAUUUCCUUGAAAGGAAAUGAGAACCUCCCUUUUGCAGGGGCUCCCACCUGUGGCCAAAUGUUUAAGACCACUUAAUACUAGUUCGACCUGGUGUGGGUUCGAACAGGCUGGCUGCAUGGUUGGUUUUCAUGGUUUCAUCAUGUGUAAUGUGAGUACGAACCAGUUCCCCUUAGAAAGUUUUUCACGGAGGCAUCCCUCAUCUUAGGCAUAUAGCUCUCGUGGCUUUGCCUUAUUCAAGUAACCUAACAUUACCUACCCUUUGUCAGGAUUACCCCUAAAAGUCAGCUCUAUCAAAACUGUUUAUUCGAAACCAUCUGAAGUGCUAGAAAAAGACUAAGUAUUACACUAAAAAGCCAGACCUCUUGUUUGACUUUGUUUUGAUAAAGAAUUGUUGUAUUUAGCUGGAUUUUUCCAUCUUAAAAAUCGCAAUACUAAUUUUUAGAGAAAAUAGUUAUUCAUUAAGAAACCUUGAAAACCUUUGUAUAAAAAUAAUAUGGACAGCAGGCUAGUCCAUUUUAAUUAUAUCGCAGCAGAUUUAUGUGUAUAUAUGUAUGUUCGUAUUUAUUCAUAAUUUGGGUUCCAUACUUUCUCUCUAACAAAAAGGUUAAAGGUAAUUAAAAAUUCUUUGUAUCUUUAGUGUAAUAUAAAGAAUGGUUUCAGUAUUUGAUAACAGGUAAUUUAAAAAUAAUAAUGUAUGUGCUGUUUUGAAAUAGACACAAAACAGUAUAGUAAGUAAUGCGACUUUUGAUUAAAAAUAGUAAUGGAUUUCAGAAUAAAACAAUUAUCAUUUUUAUGUUUCAGAGACUUAAUCUUAUAUGCUUGUUAUUAAAACAAUGUAUGAUCGAUAACAAGAUUUUGAAAAUUAAAAAUUUUAAAUAGUUACUUUUUUAUUUGCAGAAAAUUUAUUUUGGAUAUUUUUAUCAAAAUUUUUUUCCUUUACAGAUUUUAAAUAUUCUUCUUCUUGAAAGUUAAA